ACCGUGGAGGUGUUCAUUGACUGCAUCCACUACUGCUUCUAACAAACCAGAUUACUAUGGAGUGGAAACACGUCGACCGGAUUCACUCGGGUGGACGAUGGUCAGCUCUUGAUCUCCAAAUAAAUGAAUGUGCUCCAUCACUAAGCCUACGAGAGACUGUGUUUUGCUUAAGGUUCAUCCGUAAAGCCCAUUGGCGAAGAGGUGUCACGUGACUACGCCGAGCCAAUGUUCUUCUACGAAGGUGUCAGGACCUUGUCAGAAAGUGAAAUAAACAUUGGGAAACGGCGAGAUGCAAAAAGCGACCUAUUGCGACGGCUCAGCAAUUUACAGUGGCUUUCCCUAUCAAAGCGCAAACGGUUUAGUUUAUGAUGCCAAUCAGCAGCAAUAUCUCCAGGCCCUUCAUGUGGAAAGUGAGUACCAUCAACAGGCCUGCUCCCUGCAGUCCCCAGGUGGCUCUGCAGCUCUGCAUAAACCCAGUGAAAUCUCCGAGGGGUGCCAACGAAGUAACGGGUCACAAGCUCCAGUACCAGACGUUCCCGACAACAACCAGCCUCCUACUGCCCCUUCUGGACCAUCUUCCCCCAGUUCCCUGAACCAAAUACCUAGCAGUGAUACCACCGCCAAGAACCCAGGGCACGCAUCUCCACCGCCAGGCACAAGAAAACACAUUUUUCCGUGGAUGAAGGAAUCCCGUCAGAACACAAAGCAGAAAUCCUGUAGCACCAUUUCAGUAGAGAGCUGCGCUGGAGACAAGAGUCCCCCCGGAUCGGCCGCCUCCAAGCGCGCUCGUACUGCAUACACGUCUGCUCAACUCGUGGAGCUGGAGAAAGAAUUCCACUUCAACCGUUACCUCUGCCGCCCCCGACGAGUGGAAAUGGCAAAUCUGCUCAAUUUGACGGAAAGACAGAUUAAGAUAUGGUUUCAGAAUCGCAGGAUGAAGUACAAAAAGGACCAGAAGGGGCUAGGAAUGAUGCCCUCUCCUGGAGCACAGUCUCCUCACAGUCCCGUUGCCUUAUCAUCUGGUGGCGGAGGAGGGGGUGGGAGUGCAUAUUUAAAUUCAAUGCAUUCUCUGGUUAAUAGCGUGCCCUACGAUUCACCCUCUCCAGCAUCGUACAACAAACCCCAGCCUAAUGCAUACAGCCUUCCUACGUCAUAUCCACCUCCUCUGAAUAACUGCCCGCCUCCUCAGAAGCGGUAUCCGGGGACCGGCACAGCCACACCGGAAUACGACACGCAUCAUCUUCAAGGCAACAACAAUUACGGGACGCAAGUGCAGGGUAGUCCGGUUUAUUUAAGUGGUGGUGGAGGCUACUCGGAUUCUUUGGUGGGGAUGGGGGCCUCGGUAUUUGGCCUGACACAUCUACCGCAUCCACCUCAAGGCAAUAUAGACUACAACGGCGCUAUCACCAUGGGAAAUAGCCAUCAGCAAGGGACUUGCGAACCAAACCCAUGCACAUUCACAGACAUUACACCGCACUAUUCUCAGGGAAGAAUUCAGGAAGCGCCCAAACUGACGCAUCUAUAGUGCCGACACAAUGUAUGUCUGUCCCAGUCCACGUGACACAUUUGCUCUCCGUCUCUAACUGCGUUCUCCCGUUCUCAACCAUAGCUGCGUAUAUUUGGUUCAUAUUGGUUUCCCGACAUAGCCUCAGGUGAAAAGACCUUGUUGUUGGUUAUGCUUAAUACAUAGAAAAGGAAAUCAAAGUUCCUCAAAGCUCAAAUGUCUUGACAUCAUGGGAAUAUCUAGGCCUGUAUUGUUUUGAUGAAAUAGGAAACAGGGUAUCAGAACACAUAUUAGAAAAAGUUUUUAUUUGUAUUUUAAGUCUUCAAAAUUCUCCUCGGUUCACGAUUUAUUUUCUUUUUUGCAUUUUGCACUUGAGGAAGGAUGCAUAUGAACACGAUUUUUUUUAUUCAACAGUCUUAUACAGUGUGGGCUCGUGUCUUUUAGGUCUUUCAAAUGUAUUUAUUUGUUUCCAUGGACAGUAGAUUUUGUUAUUCAGCCCACAUCAUGCAGAUUCCUCCAGUUAUGUCAGUGCUGAAACAAGUGCUAACAGCAAGAUUGUUCAUCAAAGGUCAAUGUGUUCAAAUAUUAAUCGAUGUGUGCAAAUGUUAGUCAUAUGUUGCUUAAACAUUCGAAAGAGACAACGAUCAAAAGCUUUUUAUUAGUUUGAAAUCCCACGUCAAACAAUUAAUGCUGCUCCAUUUCUGAAGAAAUAAAAGACACUAAUUGA